GAAUUUUAUUGUAGUGUUGACUACCUCACAGAAGCUUAUCGAAAAAGCCAACUCGAUACAUUUCGUGCCAAACACUCCAAGAAACAUUAGAAUGCGUCACACCGACAUUCUAAUGUAAAAAGUAAAACCAAAAAGAAGAUUCAUUUAAUUAAAAACCAGGCUGUAUGGGCAUUGUUCCCUUUGCCUUUCCUAAAAUGGGAGAACUUCAACGUCUUGCGGUAGGUAACCCGAAGAAAUAUUUAUCGUGACAAAGCAAUGCGUUGUUAUUUCGAAUAACAAUGUUUCUGUUUUAAUUGAUACACAAAAUGCUGAAUAUUGAAACCUUUCAUGAAUGAGUGAUACUGGCAGUGAUACCGAGGAAGCGACUGAGAACACUGCGCUAAUAAUGGACGGACACAUCGCAGAAGCUCGUCCAGAUAGGGAAAUCGCUGAGAGAAUAGCUAGAAAAAGAAAAACUAAGUCGGAAACUCAGCGAACUUAUGGGAGUGUGGAGCCAACUGAAAACAGUGGCCAGGGGUCUUCAAGUGGCCCUGGGCCUAGUUCAGCACCAGUUACAAACAAUUCAGAGGCUCAGAUAGAAGAGCUGGAACUUAAAUAUGGGGCAAGACAUGUGAUUAAACUCUUUGUGCCUGUCACACUGUGUAUGAUUGUUGUAGUUGCUACAAUAUCUUCAAUAAACUUUUACUCUGUCAAAGAUGUUUAUUUAGCUUACACUCCAUUUCACGAAGAGAGCCCAUAUGCUGUAACUAAAGUAUGGAAUGCCUUAGCAAACUCCAUGAUUUUACUGUGUGUGAUUGCCCUCAUGACUGUGCUGUUAAUAGUCCUAUAUAAGAAAAGAUGUUACAAAAUUAUACAUGGGUGGCUUAUAUUGUCAUCACUUAUGCUGCUUUUCUUGUUUUCUUACCUCUACAUAGAAGAAGCACUUAGAGCAUACAAUAUACCAAUGGAUUAUAUCACUUUAGCAUUUGUGAUGUGGAACUUUGGUGUGAUGGGCAUGAUUGUUAUUCAUUGGAAAGGCCCCCUACGGCUUCAACAGGCAUACCUUAUAUUCAUUGCUGCUUUGAUGGCCCUUGUGUUCAUCAAGUAUCUUCCAGAAUGGACCACAUGGGCUGUACUUGCUGUGAUUUCCAUUUGGGACUUGGUAGCAGUAUUAACUCCGAAAGGUCCAUUACGAAUAUUGGUGGAAACAGCACAGGAAAGAAAUGAGCCUAUAUUUCCUGCACUCAUAUAUUCAUCCACGGUGAUGUACUGCCUAGCUGCGUCCACGACUACGGCCGCAGCGGGCGAAGGUGAGCAGAGCUCGCGCGAACUACGACCGCUCAACCCGCAUGGUAACAGCGAGGCGGGUAACGUACGCGAGUCUGGCGGCGGCGACGAAGGUUUUGACGCGGCGUGGCAGGCGCGUGCCAACGACGCCCGUCAACAAACGGGCCCGCAGCGACCUGCCCGCACUCUACGCGUGGACGGCACCGCGCCCGCACAAUACACCACGCGUGUCGACCGACCGCAACCACACCCGCACCCGUCGCCCCUAGCCGACGAGGAGAAGGGUGUGAAACUCGGCUUGGGUGACUUCAUAUUUUAUAGUGUGCUAGUGGGCAAAGCUAGUUCCUACGGUGACUGGAAUACGACCCUCGCUUGUUUUGUGGCUAUUCUUAUUGGUCUCUGCCUGACGUUGCUGUUGCUAGCGAUACUCAAGAAGGCAUUGCCCGCGCUCCCAAUAUCCAUAACGUUCGGUUUAAUAUUUUAUUUCGCGACGCGGUGCGUGGUCAAACCAUUUGCAGAUGCCUUAGCUGCGGAACAAGUGUUCAUUUAGCCUCCGCCUUUUUAUUUAAAUUAGUUUAUGAAGACUCGAACUGUCAGAAAACGAGAAAUAUCUGUUUUCUCGUUUUAUAACCGAGCUAAUUCCCAGCAAAAUUAAACAAUUUAAAUGUUAUAAUAUUAGUUAAUUAAGUGAAGACAGACAUUCUGUUUGUGAAUUUGGGUUAUUCCACUGUGAUCGUUGAAAAUGGAAUAUGCUGCCCCGUGAGUUUAAUUUAGGUAGAGCUUUAAAUUAAAGAAUAUCUCACAUUUUUUAUAUUCCAUGAUUGUAGUUAACUAAAGAAGCUAAUGUAGAUAGAAAAUAAUUUAUUAAACACCAUUGAAUUAACACAAAAUAUUGAUAAUGUGACAACUUUAGGAAUUUAACUCCUUUUUUUCACUUCAUUGUUUUACCAAGUAUCCUUAAGUUAUUUAUAAUAGCCCGAAUUUGUUGUAGAAAUUUCGACAUUCCAUUGUGUGUAGAUAUUUUGUUUAUGUCUUUUCUAUAACUGUAAAGGCCCCAUUGCAACAACAUUUUAAAAUAAAAUUUAAACUUAAUCUUGUGUAUGAUAUAUCUCCAUCUUUGUGAAUAGGGUGUAUUCCAUAAUAUAUACCAGUAUACUGGCCAGUGCUAAUGACGUCAUGAAUCGACGCCAUACUGGUGAAUUGUUCCGAAAUAUACUGGCCAGUGCCCUGACGUCAUAAAUCGACGAAAUAUUAAAGUAGUGCAAAUAAAGAAGAUUUUUAUUCACCUCAUCAAUUUAAAGGAAUUCUUUUUAAUCGGAUGCCAUUUUUGUUCUUUAAAUAAAAAAGAAACAAAAUUAGAAUGCAUCUCACGUACCUACGCUCGGUCAUACGUCAUAUGCGUUUUCCCGGUAAAAAUAUGGUAGCAUACCAGUAUAAUAUGGCGUCGGAUUCGUGACGUCAUUACCACUGGCCAGUAUACUGAUGUACAUUUAGGAAUACACCCAGAGUGAGGGGUGAAGACAUUCGCCUUAUAACAAAACAUUGGCGUAUAAUAUAUUGACAGGUUAUACGCCAACAUUAUUGCAUUUUUAAAAUGGCACAAGUAGUCCCCGCCCCAAAUCUCCUUAGCAACAGCCGCCAAUAGAGCACACUUAUGCUUAAAGCAUAUAGAGAUUACUGGCCCAGUAAAGCAGAUUACAUCUCGUUGUUUAGCCUCCACGUGUCAACGGUGUCAGCAACUGUCAUAACAAGUAAUCACUAAUUUAUUAAAUAAAAACUGUACUUAUGAAUGUAAUUACUACACGUUUUUCUUGUCUCCUAUAGUUGCAGUGUAAUUUGUGUACUAUAUAAAAGCACACUUAGGGCUUUUUGUCUGGAAAAACGUAAUUGGGAAAAGUUGACUUUAUUGACAGACUGUAACUGCGUUUACUUCCUUUUAUCGGAUACCCCUGCCUACAUUUGAUACCCCCCAUGAUGAUAAUAAACUGAGUAUUUUGUCAAACAAAACACUGCGUAACUGACCCAAGCUUCUUUGUUUAUUAUAAAGGGAUAGAAAAUUCAGACUUUAGUGAAUCGAGG